AUGGAUAUUCAUUGGUAUAAUAUCGGUCUAGAAGAGGAAUGUGUUCUAUUUGAAUGUAAAGGUCGAUUUCAAGGAAAAUAUCAACGAUAUGUCACUUACAUUUUAAAUAAUAGACAUAUCCCGCGCCAAGUUGCAAAGAUUUAUCGUAAAAUCUCUUUUACACAAGCUAUUGAAAGAAUUAACAAGUUUUUCAGUCAUCGCACCAAACAGUAUGAACAAGACAUAUUGCAAGAUGAUUAUCACUGUCUAUCACCACAACGAUUGAUGGCUUAUGAUGAGAGAUCUAGUUCAAACGACUUCAAAGAAAAAGAACUUGUAACUGAAGACUUGCCCGAUCAGUUACACGAAACAAAAAAAGGAGAAAGUGAUGUAAUUAUUACAGAAGAUGUUCAAAAUGAAUCAAAAUGCUUGAUUACCAUUCUUGCUUCGGGAAUUUUCCCCAGAUGUGAGCUGACUUCAGAAUUAUCUAAGAAUUCAUUUAUACAACCUGAAUUACAAUCAGUUUGUACGUCCGAUCAAGACAGUGAAUUCUCAAGCUAUCACAUUGCACAACAAACCAUCACAAUGACGGUACCGAACGCAUUAAAGAAUGAUUCAUUUGGUUCCACUGAUCGUCAAGUUCCUCCAACGCCACCAACUGAUCAGUCUGAUGAUCCUCUAUUAUCACCGAUUUCAUUAAAUUUACCACGUAAACAACGAUAUCAGAGGCGUCUCUACCGACCACGGAUUGUUCGACGACUUGCCUGUGGUCUUCAAAAGAUCGCACUUCCUCGUUGCACAAUGAGAGGCUUGGAUCAUACUAAUUGUAUUGAUUAUAAUUCGGAAACUUAUCUAUCCAUUGGAACUUAA